UUUCCCUCCAAGGUCCCAACAGGAAGGUCCUCACCGGUUGAUAUUUUAGUGCAUAACACCUCGCCCCGGUCCUCCUUCACAAGGAAAAUGUACUACAAGUUCAGUGGUUUCACCCAGAAACUAACGGGUUCUGCUCCCGCAACCGCCUACAACCCUCAGGGACUGAGAUCCGGUAUGCCAGCCGAGUCCCCAACCAUGAUCUUUGCUACACCCACAAAGCUGGCAUCAGAAGCAGGGGCCGUGGCAGAGUACAUGGGAGCAAACAGAGUUCCUGACCUCCAGAAAUUAUUCCAGACGGCAGACGGUAUCCCCGUCCAUUUGAAGCGUGGAUAUCCCGACAGGCUACUGUACCGCACCACUAUGGCUCUCACUAUAGGAGGUGUUGCCUACUGUCUGGUGGCCCUCUACAUUGCAGCCCAGCCCAACAGAAAGUGACCAACACAAGUCUGCCAUCUUCCCGUCGCUGCUCCAUUUAAUAGCCAUUCACAGCAUUUAUCUGCCCUCGCCAUACCACCUCUUGGGACUCUUUUUAGAUGAGAAUUCAUCAUUGUCAGAACAUCAUGCCACUGAAAGCUAUUUUAAUGUCUUUCUUUUUGAACAGAAAAAGAUGUUUGAUUUAAUAAAAUUUCAAGAAGAAAGAAGUUAAAAGAUGA